AUGCUUGGAACUUUGCAGGGUAUCGCCCCAACCUUCAGACUGGCGAAAAUUUGCUCCGAUAUGAACAAACCAAAUGGCCAGUAUGAAUUAGAAAACAGCUACGAAAAAGUCAUGGAUUUCCUCCGCGAACUACCGAUUCGUAAGGAGUGUUUCCUGCGUGUUGCUCUUGGUCUUCCCGGUCGUCCAUCAUCGUCUGAUCCACGCAGAAAGAGUAUUUCCACCGAGAGGACCUUUACACCGACGUCGAGUCGCGAAGCACUGACGGAAAUAAUGGAAGAUGUUUGUGACAUGCUUGUUAAAGAUACAAAACGUGCAGGAAUUGUCGGUGGUCGAUGCGUCACUCUGAAACUGAAACUGUCUUCAUUUGAUGUCCUGACACGUUCUGAGACACCCGGGCGACUUAUAUCUAGCCGUGAAGAGAUUCUUGCGAUAACACGUGAAAUCCUAGACCGAGAACUACCAAAUGAGUUCCGUCUACUUGGAAUACGUUUGAGUCAUUUACAGUUUGAAGACGACCGACCUCCAGGAGCGCCAAUUUCGGUUCUGGACUUCUGGAAACGACAGCAAGUCACGGACUUCAACAACUGCACUGUCAACGAUCAGCCAUCCUCAUCGACAACAUCAGAAUCGCCAUCCGCUCCAGACGAGAGAGUUUCAUGUCCAAUUUGUGGAUGUUUUCUACAGAACGACGACAGAGUAGUCAAUCAGCAUGUGGACGAGUGUUUAAACGAUAGGAAACGAAAAGCGACAAUUGACAAUUUUUUUGGAAAAAGAGAGCGAAAAUAA